GGACCACCUUUGGAGAUGGAAGCUGCAAUCCCUGAGGCAGAAGGAGCUUCCUUGGAGCAGGAGCAGAGGGUGCAGGUGGUGGAGCGUGCCCAAGAUGCCCUCUCCUGUGGAACAGGCAGUGAAGAGAUGCUGUUGAGCCGUUGUCUUUUCCAAGGUGUGGGAACAGUCGCUGCACCUGCAAUCCAGGGUCCCUUUUCCUUGGAGGAGGUGUCCGUCUCUUUCACAGAGGCAGACUGGGCCCUGCUGGAUCCAGGACAAAGAGCUCUGUACAGGGAAGUCAUGCUGGAGAACUAUGGGAACGUGGCCUCUCUGGGACUCUGGGAGGAUCACUUCAUAAUCCCUAGAUUCAGUACGAAUGGUGAUCUUCAACGUCAUUAUAGAACCCACAAAGGGGAGAAACCUUUUGAAUGCUCAGAGUGUGGAAAGAGAUUCAGUGAGAGGGAGAAUCUUCGAAGACAUCAGAGAACCCAUACCGGGGAGAAGCCUUUUGAAUGUUUUGAGUGUGGAAAGAGAUUCAGUAUGAAUGGCGAUCUUCAAUAUCAUCAGAGAACCCACACAGGGGUGAAGCCUUUUGAAUGCUUAGAGUGCGGAAAGAGAUUUACUUCAAGUGGUAAUCUUCAACAGCACCAGAGAAUCCAUACAGGGGAGAAGCUUUUUGAAUGUUCAGAGUGUGGAAAAAGAUUCACAUUGAGUGUCAGUCUUCAAACACACCAGAAAAUCCACACAGGGGAGAAGCCUUUUGAAUGCUCGGAGUGUGGAAAGAGAUUCACAUUGAGUGGCCAUCUUCAACGGCAUCAGAGAUCCCAUACAGGGGAAAAGCCUUUUGAAUGCUCAGAGUGUGGAAAGAGAUUCAGUCAGAGUGGCAGUCUUCAAAGGCAUCAGAGAACCCACACAGGGGAGAAGCCUUUUGAAUGCUCAGAGUGUGGAAAGAGAUUCAGUCAGAGAGGCAGUCUUCAAGAGCAUCAGAGAACCCAUACAGGGGAGAAGCCUUUUGAAUGCUCAGAGUGUGGAAAGAGAUUCACAUUGAGUAGCCAUCUUCAAAGGCAUCAGAGAACCCACACAGGAGAGAAGCCUUUUGAAUGCUCAGAGUGUGGAAAGAGAUUCAGUCGAAGUGGCAGUCUUCAAGAGCAUCAGAGAACCCAUACAGGGGAGAAGCCUUUUGAAUGCUCAGAGUGUAGAAAGAGAUUCACAUUGAGUGGCCAUCUUCAAAGGCAUCAGAGAACCCACACAGGAGAGAAGCCUUUUGAAUGCUCAGAGUGUGGAAAGAGAUUCAGUCGGAGUGGCAAUCUUCAAGAUCAUCAGAGAACCCAUACAGGGGAGAAGCCUUUCGAAUGCUCAGAGUGCGGAAAGAGAUUCAGUACAAAUAGCACUCUUCGAGAGCAUCAGAGAACCCACACAGAGGAGAAGCCUUUUGAAUGUUCAGAGUGUGGAAAGAGAUUCAGUCGGAGUGGCCGUCUUCAAGGGCAUCAGAGAACCCACACAAAGGAGAAACAUUAUGAUGUUCAGAGUGUGGAAAGAGAUUAA